UGCUGAGCGGUGUCACGGAAGUCAGUCUUGGAGGUUUUCACGCCUGAGUUCGGUCAGUAUGUAGCCUACCCAGGCCGACCUGGAACACAGAACUCUCCUGCCUCAAUCUCCUGAGUGUUGAGAUUACAGCUGUGUGUCUUCAUGGUCCUGUGUACACGUUUCUUUGGAGGAAUAUAUUCAGGAAUGGGAUUACUGCAUCUCAAGGAGGAACAGCUCAGUAUGCUGGGCUCUGGAUUUAAAGCUGAGCGUUUACGAGUCAAUUUGAGAUUAGUCAUAAACCGUCUCAAACUACUGGAGAAAAAAAAAACGGAACUGGCUCAGAAAGCAAGAAAGGAGAUUGCGGAUUAUCUGGCUGCUGGGAAGGAUGAGCGAGCACGGAUCCGAGUGGAGCACAUCAUCCGGGAAGACUACCUCGUGGAGGCCAUGGAGAUCCUGGAGCUGUACUGUGACCUGCUGCUGGCUCGGUUUGGCCUCAUUCAGUCUAUGAAAGAGCUAGAUUCUGGUCUGGCUGAAUCUGUAUCUACACUAAUCUGGGCUGCUCCUCGACUCCAGUCAGAAGUGGCUGAGUUAAAAAUAGUUGCUGAUCAGCUCUGUGCCAAGUAUAGCAAAGAAUAUGGCAAGUUAUGUAGGACCAACCAGAUUGGAACUGUUAAUGACCGGCUUAUGCACAAACUGAGUGUGGAAGCACCACCCAAAAUCCUAGUAGAGAGAUACCUGAUUGAAAUUGCCAAGAAUUACAAUGUACCCUAUGAACCUGACUCUGUGGUCAUGGCAGAAGCUCCUCCUGGGGUAGAAGCAGAUCUUAUUGAUGUUGGAUUUACAGAUGAUGUGAAGAAAGGUGGCCCUGGAAGAGGAGGUGGUGGUGGGUUCACAGCACCUGUGGGUGGACCUGAUGGAACAGUGCCAAUGCCCAUGCCCAUGCCCAUGCCAUCUCCGAAUCCUCCUUUCUCGUAUCCAUUGCCAAAGGGACCAUCAGAUUUCAAUGGAUUGCCAGUGGGAACUUAUCAGGCAUUUCCAAAUAUUCAGCCACCUCAAAUACCAGCCACUCCCCCAUCGUAUGAAUCUGUUGACGACAUUAAUGCUGAUAAGAAUGUCUCUACACAGAUUGUUGGUCCUGGACCCAAGCCGGCAGUCUCUGCAAAGGCCCCUCCCAGACCUAUGGAUAAUUACAACUUUGUACUGCCAGAAUUGCCAUCUGUGCCAGACACGCUACCGACUGCAUCUGCUGGUGGCAGCACCUCAGCAUCUGAAGACAUUGACUUUGAUGAUCUUUCCCGGAGAUUUGAAGAGCUGAAAAAGAAAACAUAGGUCUCUUAAACUAGGUAACCUCCAACUUCUGGCAGUUGAAACUGAGCAGUUUUCUUGUACACAAAGAAUCUCCAUGAAAUUCUGUUUUAUCUGUUAACCAUCACUGAACACACUCUUUGUGGGGGGGUGUCUUACUCUACCAAAUUCUGUUGCUUCCCAGUUCUCUGCUGAUCCUGAGAGACUAACACCUGGCCAGAGCAGCUGGCCCCUGGAACCGUGCCUGUCUUAUUUCCUGUUAGAGGGAUCCCAGGUUCUCUAGUGACCUAGCCCUCCCAG